GAAGAAUGAUAUUAUAGAUAGAACUUAACAUUUUGGUACUUUUUCCGAUGGCAUAAAACGGUUCAAUCUGUGUUAUAGAAGCUAAUACGUCGUCGUUUUAUUGAAUCUGAAUCGAUUAUGGUGUUCUUCUGACGACGGCGAUUCCAAAAAACCUACCGGCGAUCGGUUCUGAUGAAGUGAACAUUCUAGAAUCUUCGAUUUGAUCGGCGGAUUUUCAGUUUAUUUAUUUGGCUGUUAUUGAUUUAUUGGGAAAGAGGAAGAAAUAAAGGGAUUCAAUGAAAGGUGGUGUUGGUGGAGAAGUCGCGGAAGCUCCGGCGGGUCCACCACCGCCGCUAGAGUGGAAAUUUUCACAGGUUUUUGGUGAACGUACGGCUGGUGAAGAAGUGCAGGAAGUUGAUAUCAUCUCAGCAAUUGAGUUUGAUAAAUCUGGUGACCAUCUUGCCACUGGGGAUCGUGGUGGUAGAGUGGUAUUGUUUGAAAGAACUGAUACCAAGGAGCAGGUUGGUAGUCGACGAGAGUUAGAGAGAGUGGACUAUCCAGUUAGUCGGCAUCCAGAGUUCCGCUACAAGACAGAAUUUCAAAGCCACGAGCCUGAGUUUGAUUAUUUGAAGAGUUUGGAGAUUGAGGAGAAAAUCAACAAGAUCCGGUGGUGCCAAACAGCAAAUGGUGCCCUUUUCCUUCUGUCUACUAAUGACAAAACUAUUAAGUAUUGGAAGGUCCAAGAGAAGAAAGUUAAGAAAAUAUCUGAAAUGAAUAUUGACCCUUCGAAAGUUGCUGGAAAUGGCAGUAUAGCCAGUUCGAGUUUAUGUUCCAGCCCAAAGCAGUGUCUUGCAAAUGGGGGCUGUGGAGAUAAAGCUUACAGUUCUUUGAGCAAUGAUUUGUCAUUUCCGCCUGAGGGCAUCCCCUCACUCCGUUUGCCCAUGGUAACGAGCAACGAGACCAGCCUUCUUGCAAGGUGUAGAAGAGUGUAUGCACAUGCUCAUGACUACCAUAUUAAUUCGAUAUCAAAUAACAGUGAUGGUGAAACAUUCAUAUCAGCCGAUGAUCUUCGAAUAAACCUUUGGAACUUGGAAAUAAGUAAUCAAAGUUUCAAUAUUGUCGAUGUCAAGCCAUCAAAUAUGGAAGAUCUUACUGAGGUGAUAACAUCAGCAGAAUUCCAUCCUACACAUUGUAACACAUUAGCUUAUAGUAGUUCAAAAGGAUCAGUUCGUUUAAUAGAUUUGCGGCAGUCAGCAUUGUGUGACUCACAUUCUAAAUUGUUUGAGGAACAGGAAGCACCUGGUUCAAGAUCUUUUUUCACCGAGAUAAUCGCUUCAAUUUCAGAUAUAAAAUUUGCGAAGGAUGGAAGAUACAUACUUAGUCGUGACUACAUGACCCUUAAGCUAUGGGACAUAAACAUGGAUUCAGGUCCAGUUUCAACAUUCCAGGUUCAUGAAUAUUUAAGACCAAAGCUUUGUGACUUAUAUGAGAAUGAUUCCAUCUUUGAUAAAUUUGAGUGUUGCCUUAGUGGUGAUGGUUCGCGAGUAGCAACGGGGUCUUAUAGCAAUCUUUUCCGCGUAUUUGGCUGUGCUGCGGGGAGCACUGAAGCAACUACCUUGGAAGCAAGCAAAAAUCCUAUGAGAAGACAAGUCCAGACUCCUUCAAGGCCAUCCAGGUCCUUGGGCAGCAGUUUAACACGUGUUGUCAGGAGAGGAGCUGAUAAUGCCGGUGUUGAUGCAAAUGGAAACUCAUUUGAUUUUACGACAAAACUGCUUCAUCUGGCAUGGCAUCCGACGGAAAAUUCCAUAGCAUGUGCUGCCGCAAACAGCUUGUAUAUGUAUUACGCAUAAGUCAUAACAGGAGAUGUAGUUUCUUGGCUAGCAUUUUUGGGUUGCUUUUCGGGAAAGGGUUUCUUUCAGAGCAACUUGAGGUUCUACCAUUUCUCACUUCCAGGUGCCUCAAAAAGGUGUAGGUCCAUGCUUUUGAUGUCAGGGUCCAGAUGUACCUGAAAGGAUCACCAACAGAGCGACUUACAUCUUCGUGAGUGGACAGAUGGCGUGGGAUUCUUGCUCCCUUCUCCCUGUUUCUACUUCACCCUUUCCGAGAUCUCCUAUUUUGUUGGGUUGAAGUCAUGACAGAAUGUCAUUGUAGGUUCCUUACAAGUAAUACUGUUGGAUGUGCAAACUUGCCACUAGUUCUAAGCUAAAUAUAGCUUUACUUGGAAUCUUGCUGAAAAGAGCAGCUGCUAACUUGCAAUGGCGUUGAGCUUAUUUUCAUGGAUAGUCUUAUUUUCUUUUGUAGGUUAACUUAGUGUGCUUUUUGCUAUAGAUUAUUAACUAAAGUAAUUUUUUUCUUUCUGUAAAAGAAGUUCAAGAGAAACUGCAUUUGUUUCUGUAUUCUUUCCUUUGGUGAAGUGUGGCUGGUACAGCUAAAACUUGUGUCAACUUCAGAAUCUCAGUUUUCAAUUUGGAUAAAAAUUGCUAGUUUUACUUUGCUUCUGGACCAA